CAGGGCAUGGUAGCCAAGCCUCUCGAGCUAUAAGCCAAUCACAGUGGAACAAACCUCUUCGCGUUUCAUCACAAUCGCCGGCUGGGAGAAGGAAGUCGUCUUUUCAUUUUUCCAGCGCUUAUCAAAGUGUACGAUGCUGGUGGUGCAGUUGCUGAGGGGUGCAGUAAAGCAUGCUGGGAGUAGGCCCCACUGCAGUGUCAAGCAGUUGAUCUCAGCAAUACGUGGCAUCAGCUCAUCCCCACAACAGUUAUGUGCUUUUGGGAGAACUCAUCCGUCAUCCUGCACUGAAACUGACCACCCCAAAGUCCUCAUCACUGGAGGGCUUGGACAGCUGGGGGUGGGGAUCGCCAAUUUGCUGAGGAGACAAUUUGGAAAAAACAACGUGAUCCUGUCUGACAUUAGGAAACCCCCCAUCCAUGUCUACCAUAACGGUCCAUUCAUCUUCUCAGACAUCCUGGACUAUAAGAACCUCAGGGAGAUCGUGGUCAACAACAACAUCAGCUGGCUUGUCCACUACUCCGCUGUGCUGUCCGCCGUGGGAGAGAACAACGUUGCACUGGCCAAAGAGGUCAACAUCACAGGUCUCCAUAACAUAUUAGACAUAGCAACCGAACAUGGUCUGCGUGUGUUUAUCCCCAGUACAAUCGGUGCCUUCGGUCCCUCCUCACCCAGGGACCCCACCCCUGACCUGUGUGUGCAGAGGCCGCGCACCAUCUACGGUGUCUCCAAGGUCCAUGCAGAGCUGAUGGGUGAGUACUACCACCACAGGUAUGGGCUGGAUUUCCGCUGUCUCAGGUAUCCAGGCAUCAUCUCAGCUGACUCCCAGCCUGGAGGAGGAACCACAGACUAUGCUGUGCAGAUCUUCCACGCAGCUGUGAAGACUGGUUGUUUUGAAUGCAACCUGCGCAGUGACACACGGCUUCCUAUGAUGUACAUUGAUGACUGUCUCAGGGCUACUCUAGAGUUCCUGCAGGCCCCGGCAGACACACUAGUUAGCCGCACCUACAAUAUCAACGCUAUGAGCUUUACACCGCAUGACCUCACCCAGGAGAUACAGAAAGUCCUGCCUGACCUCAAGGUCACCUAUAAUGUGGAUCCAGUCCGGCAGGCUAUAGCGGACGGCUGGCCACUGGCAUUAGAGGACAGCGCAGCGAGGCAGGACUGGGGCUGGAAGCAUGAGUAUGAUCUCCCAGAGCUGGUGCAGUCCAUGCUGAGUCACAUCACUAUGGGCAGCCAGCUGGCACAAGCCUACUGAACCGUUUGUAGCAUUUAGCAACUACAUACAAAGUUUUAUUUGAAUUUAUAUGACUGAGGAAUUUAAGAGCGUUUUAACCAUCACUAUUUUUUACAUUUACAUUUACUCAUUUGGCAGACGCUUUUACCCAAAGCGACUUACAUUUGAGGAACAACAUACAAGCAUCAACAGAGCAUCAAAUACAGAUCUACAACUGACAAUACAUACUAG